AUGACUAUGAAGCAAUAUUCUUCGACCCUUCUACUAAUUUCUCUUCUGUUGUUCACCACAGCCUCAUAUUCCUUAAAAAUUCCACGGCUUAGUCCAACUGGAGGAUCAUUAAUACAGGAAAACUAUUGGACUCAUGGUCGACCCGGCGAAGCUUCAUCACCUUCAUUUGAUCCCAAAGAUUUUCAGACGUUCUACUACAACCAAACACUCGACCAUUUCAACUUUAGGUAUGAUAGCUUCAGUACUUUUCAACAGAGAUAUUUGAUCAAUUCCAAGCAUUGGGGUGGCGCCAAUAUCAGUGCACCAAUACUUGCUUACUUAGGAGAAGAAGACUCGAUUGAUUCUGACUUGCCUAUUAUUGGGUUCCUACCUGAAAACGCCAUUCACUUUCAAGCUCUCCAGAUAUAUAUAGAGCACCGAUAUUAUGGGAAAUCAAUCCCAUUCGGAUCAAGGGAAGUGGCAUUUAAAAAUGCAAGCACUCGAGGAUACUUCAACUCAGCCCAAGCUCUAGCAGAUUAUGCAGAAAUUCUCAUACAUGUAAAGAAGCAACUGCACGCUGAACAUUCUCCGGUCAUUGUUAUCGGUGGUUCAUAUGGUGGAAUGCUUGCUUCAUGGUUCCGACUAAAGUAUCCCCACAUCGCACUUGGAGCUCUUGCCUCAUCAGCUCCAAUUCUAUACUUUGAUGACAUUGUUCCACCGGAUACUGGAUACUACUCCAUUGUCACCAGAGAUUUUCGAGAAGCCAGUGAGACUUGCUACCAAACCAUUAAGAAGUCUUGGUCUGAAAUUGAUAGUAUUGCUUCUACGCCUGGAGGCCUCUCAUUUCUUAGCAAGAAAUUCCAAACUUGCAGACCGUUGAACAAGUCGUCUGAGCUCAAGGACUACUUGGACACGAUGUAUUCUACUGCAGCUCAGUACGAUCGUCCACCAAGAUAUCCAGUUACUGUAGUCUGCGGCGGAAUUGAUGGAGCUUCAUCCACCGAUGAUACUUUGACGAAAAUAUUUGCAGGUGUUGUUGCGUAUACCGGAAACCGGUCAUGCUAUGUCAACCCGCCCAGAAAUCUAACAGAAACAGACGUGGGGUGGGCAUGGCAGACUUGCAGUGAUAUGGUUAUUCCCAUAAACGUGAGCAACGACACCAUGUUUCCACCUUACAAAUUUGAUAGCGAUGAAUAUACCAAAGACUGCAUAGCAACUUAUGGCGUCCCUCCCAGGCUUAAUUGGGUGACUACCUACUUUGGAGGCCAUGACAUAAAACUUGGUCUCUCCAGGUUUGCUGGCAACAUCAUAUUCUCCAAUGGGCUAAGAGACCCUUACAGUAUUGGCGGGGUUUUGGAAAACAUAUCAGACAGUGUGGUUGCUGUUUAUACAAAGAAUGGGUCUCACUGCUUGGAUAUUCUCAUCUCAAACCACAUUACCGAUCCAGAUUGGUUGGUCAAUCAGCGGAAAACUGAGGUCAGGAUCAUCAAAGGAUGGAUAGCUAAAUACUAUGCGGACCUUCAAGCUCUCAAAUAAGAAGUAUACCACGUUAUAAACAAUAAGCAUGCAUGCAGUUGGACAAAUCCAGAUUAAAGCUACCAAAAUUAUAUUUUCGCAAACAAUCAAGUAGCUUCGAUCUUUUUGGCAAGAGAUAACAACAAAAUAGUGAUCGAAGUCCGACGAACACAAUAAUUAAUCAUCAUCGAUAUCUUUUCACUUGUACAUUUCUUUUUCAAAGGAUUGAUAGAGUUAUAGAAAAUACACACUUUACAUCACACUCGAUCCACCAAUCUACCAAUCCUAUCCCUGAAGUUUCAACUGUUUCCACUUGAACUGAUCAAUGUCGUUGUUCUUCUUGAUUAUAAAGGACCCUAUCAUGCAUCUUAAUCAAACAUUUGCUAGUUUUGAAU